CUGAAGGGCUACGUUCCUAUCUACUAGAACGGAAUACUAUUACCAAAGAUGGCGGCAGUGUAUAAAUGUUGUUAUUUUGUGAUUUCUUGAUUGAUCCGAUUACAACACUUGUUAAAAAGCGAUUAGAUACUGGAUAGCUAGAUGGCAUCAUGCGCUACUACUAGAUUAAUAAAAAUGCUAUUUGUAAUACUUAUUGGAACUUUCGCUUGGUUAGCUGCAACCCUAGCAAACAAUUAUGUUGUCGAAUUUCAUGAUACUUCAAUACCUGACCACUCGACACAGCAGAAAUUCAAUGUUCGUGUGAAUAACCCGUCAACAUAUUCACUUGGUGCCUCCACCAAAAACAUGAUGUGGUUCAUCCAGGUUUCAGACUUGCACUUCAGUAUUUUCCAUGAUGAAACAGGUGAGCGACCACGUGACUUCAUGGCUUUCUGCAAUGAGAAUGUAGAUAUCAUAAGCCCAGCUGUUAUGCUACUAACAGGUGAUAUUGUAGAUGCCAAAGGUCAGUUGAACAUUGGCUCGCAGCAGUAUGUAGAAGAGUGGAAGAUGUAUGGAAAUAUUCUGAACAGCAGUAAUGUUCUUCAAAAAACCAAGGUUUUAGACAUCAGAGGCAACCAUGAUUCAUUCAAUGUACCUACACAUGAAGAUCAGGAGAAUUAUUUCAGGAAAUAUUCUGCACAAGGCCAACAAGGGAAUCUUCACUCAUACCAUUACAUACACAAGGAUGGCGAUGCUGAGUAUUCCUUUAUAGCUGCAGAUGCAACCUUGUUGCCUGGACCAAAACGGCCCUUCAAUUUCUUUGGUUAUUUUCAAGAGGAAGAAAUGACAUUGCUAGAAAAAUUUGCAGAGGAGAGUCUUUCUAGUAGUGGAACAGUGUGGUUUGGGCACUACCCAACCUCAAUUAUGUUUGCUCCUUCUCGAUUCAGGCAUGUUAUGAGGUCAGGCUUGGCCUACAUGUGUGGACAUCUUCAUACAUUGGGAGGAAUUAUCGAUAGGAUGUAUGCUUUUCAAAAGACUGGAAACCUAGAACUAGAGUUAGCAGACUGGAAAGACAAUAGAAGGUAUAGAGUUGUGGCAAUUGACCAUGGAUUGCUGUCAUUUGUUGAUGCGCAAUUUAGAAAGUGGCCGAUUAUUCUUAUCACCAACCCUAAAGAUGCAAUGUUUGAGAUGCCAUACCAUGAGCCUCUAGAGAGUAUGCUGAAUUCCACUCAUAUCAGGAUAUUGGUGUUUUCUCCGGGUGCUGUCAAAGCAGUGAAAGUGCGCAUUGACAACGAUCAGUGGAAGGACACUGUGCAUGUCAGCGGACCUCUGUAUGUUCUGGCGUGGGACCCCAGAAAAUUCAGCACUGGUGUUCACACCAUACACGCAACUGCUGAGGAUGAAGAAGGCUAUCAUGGCAGCAUCUCGCAGCAAUUUUCUUUAAGUGGCAGUCCUGUACAACAGCUUAGCUUGCUGGCACGCCUGCUGCUGAUGACAAAUAUAUGCACACUCCUACAAUCAGUGUUUGCUGUUCUACUUGGACUUACUGUGAUUCCUCUGACAGUUCUAAAGUUCUACAGACCACGCCCUCAAUUUAAUUAUGGUUGUUCUCCCAUAUCAUGGGUAAAAGUGUUGCUAUGGAGACUGCAUUUGCUUGCCAGUGUGAACGAACUGUUUUACCCAUUGGUGCUCUCUGCAGUUUUCCUUACAGCAGGUCCAUUCUUUGUUGGAGAAGCGAUGGAUGGCCAUAUAGCUGUGUUCUUUGUGUGGGGUAUAUACAUCAAAGGAUCUUAUCUACCGGGAGAUGUAACAUUCACAUAUGGAAUCGCACAUCUGCUUACCUUCCACUUACCGAUGAUUCUAUGCCUUGCCGCCGUCAUUGCGAAGCGAUACCAGGCGAAGUUUCUGACUGUAGGUAGGACGCUAUGCCUUGUGUUUCCUGUGCUCGUCGUGCUUCUCUACAAGAUCUGGUGGUGUUUUACUUUCUACAUAGCCUAUGGUUACCUAACACUACUGCUGGGUCCAAUCACCAGCUGGCCAAUCGUUCUGGGCAUGCUGUUGUUUAAGCGUGCCACUCAGUUUGAUGGGUCGAAAUUAAGGAAUGGGGAGUAUGUGCUCAAUCUGCAUCCUGUUGAAAAUUGUGGUGCAGAAAACACGACGCUUUAGCAAUAUCCUACCGGUCUACUUUCUUUAUUGAAAUCAAAAUGGGGUGCAGAUUUUUACCAAAUUUAAUAACUAAAAUCUUUAGGCAUACAUUUAACAAAUCAGAAGAUCAAGAAACCAAUAAGAAAUCUUUUAAGUCUUAGUGCCUUAGGCUUCGCCUAUUUAACAGUAGUUUGUGUGAAAUUAUCCUGCGUCGUUUCCUUGACAUUUUGAAAGGGUUUAUAUUUUUCUGUUAAAUGAGCCUGCAUGCUUAGUUUUUAAUAAAUUAUUAAGUACACGGUACAUUGAUGUACGAUUUUCCAGUUACGACCAAGUGUGAAGUUAGAAAUUGUUCUUCUGUUACGUUGAAUGUCAUUGUGUAAAGGUCAUAUAUUUUGAGGAUUUUCCCAUUAUUUUACCAAUCUCCAAAAUUUGACCUGUUACCUGCCUAAAAUAUUUACCAUCCCAAUAUUUACCAUUGAACUACGUAUUGUUUUUUGCACCCAUUUUCUCGUGCAUAUUAAUAUGUGCAGCUUUGCGUAAAUUUAAUAUUGAUUCAUGUGAUUUAUGAAAUACUUGUAAAUUAUUGAGUGAAAUACUAUAUCAAUAUUAAAUGCUUAUCAUUAUUUUUGUUCUCGUUAUAAAAUAUUAUUACUGUUUACUAGAAAAAUUGCUUUAUUUAAAACAUUGCAGGUGUAGCAGAACUGUAACCCACUGAUAUUAAAUAAAGUUGAUUAAUUUGUUGAAUA